CACACGACGCACGUUCGCUCGUGCUCCUCCGCCCUCGCUCUCACUCGACGCAGUGCUCCGUGCGUGUGCAGUGCCCGAACCGAUUCGGAACUCUCUGUGACUAUCGUGAUCUCGCCGCGAACCAGAAUUUUAUUUGUGAAUCGAGGAGUGUGAUGCGAUCGUGAUCCGGCGGGAAGACGACUUGAGCGACGAAAGGGUUGGAGUGCGGGGUGCCAGCGGGCGGAGGGCGGCGCUCACGAGCGCACGCGCCCCGCGGCAUCGCGCCACACGCGACCGACCCGGCGCGCGCGAUGGACGACAAGCCCGGCCCGGCCGGCGAGGAGCACUACAGCCUGCGCUGGAACAACCACCAGGCUCACCUGCUACGCUCCUUCGAAGCGCUGCUGCAUGCGGAGACGCUCGUUGACGUCACGCUCGUGUGCGCCGAGCGCCGCGUGCGCGCACACAAGGUGCUGCUCGGCGCCUGCAGCCCACUGUUCCGCAGGAUCUUUAGCGAGAAUCCGUGCAAGCACCCGGUGAUCGUGCUCAAAGACUUCCAAGGAUGGGAGGUGCAGGCAGUCGUGGACUUCAUGUACCGUGGAGAGGUAUCGGUGGCACAGGAGCAGCUGGGCACGGUGAUCCGCGCGGGCGAGUCGCUGCAAGUGCGUGGCCUGGCGGACCAGGAGCGCGACGAGAGCCGCAGCUCGCCGCCGCCGACGCCGGGCCGCAGCCCUACCGGGCGCAGCCCCGCCGGCCGCAGCCCGGCACGAGCCAGCCCCGCGGCUGCCAGCCCGCCCGCUAGCCCCGCCAGCCCACAGCCGCGCCGCAAGCAGGCCCGACCGCGUCGCCGCUCCGGGGAGUCGGAUACGCCUGAAAACUUAUCUAUGCGACGCUCGCCGAGUGGAGGCCUGAAGGCCGUGAGACUGGCGCGGCCGCGCUCGCCGCCGAAGCAGGAGGCUGAAGAGCCAGAGUCGGAGGCGCCGCCGCCGCCGCGGAUGUUCCCGCCGCACCAGGACAUGUUCCCGCCCGUACCACCCUCCGCAGUUUCAGCACUUUCGCUAACACCACCACACAUGUUCGGACUGGACUCCCCACUGGGGCUGUUCCCACCGGGGAUGGAGCACAAGAUGUAUCCACUGAUGGACGUUGACCACCGCGGCCCACCGCUCGACGCGCAGCUCUUCACUAACGUCAAGAAGAAAUGGCGACCGAAGGGGCAGCACAGCGCGCCCCGCGGCGGCCCGCCUCGCUCGUGGACGAACGCCGAACUCACAGAGGCGCUGCAACACGUCUGGAACAAAAAGAUGACCACAAGCCAAGCGUCUCGGAUCUUCGGCAUCCCGUACAACUCUCUCCUCAUGUACGUCCGCGGCAAAUACGGCAAGAGCCUCAAACUCGAACAGUUGAGGAAAGACUGUAUAGGCGGUCCGCUCGACAUGCUCAACAUGAACUCGGGCAACAACAACAACAACCACCCGUCCAAGCACCAGCACGAGAAGGACGAGCAGCAUCAGAACACGAGCCAACGACCGGCGAGCUCGGAGCCCGACAUCACCUCCAACCCGAUGUUCAACCCGUUCCAGCAAGGGUUCUACCCGGAGUUCCCGCCGGGGUUCCCCAUGCCGCUCAACAUGUUGCACCUGUUGCCGCCCAACGACAAGGCUCGCGAGCUGUACCAGUCGAUGCCGAUGGCGCUUGACUCGCUGUCGGGCGUCACCAAGGAGGAGGACUGCAAGAGCGAUCGGUCGAAAGAGAACUCCGCGGACGAGGAGGGCGACACGUACCGCGCGCCCGCGCACCCGCCGCACCCGCCCGACACGCGCACGCUGCUGCACCACAACGGACAGGACUAGAUCUCGUAGCUUCCAUUAGUUCAACGUCAACUUCUCCGUUAACAUUACGAUCGAGCGAAUUAUACUAAUUAAGGCUAAUGUACGGACGUUUUUUCUCAUUGGGAACGAUGUUAAACUCGCUCCAAUACGGUGCAUUAGUGAUUGAAUACUAAACACUACAUCGUUUAUUUACUUGGACAUGAAUAGUUUUGUUAAACUUGAAAUCUAAGUUAAGUUAGGAAAGUUUCAGUGUUAGUAGUUUCCCGGCGAUGUGAGGCGUGUUCCCACUGAGCGCUCCCAGUUUCGGCUUCACGGACUUACGUCGAAGUUUGGAAAUGCUAGCUUAGCGUGGAUACGCCCGUCGUUUUAAUAUCUCAACCGGAGCUCUGCGCGAGCGACGUCCACAUUUAAAUUAGUUAAAUUUAUAUUUAAAGAUGUGUUAAUAUUGUAAAUGUAUAUUCGCGUAAGAUAGCCGAUAAUUUAUUCUGAAGGCGUGCAAUAAGUAUGAAAGGUGUUGUGAUUGUUAUAGUUAAGACGUUUCGUUUCACGCGACUUUAUAUCGUUAACAUUCCGUUCCAACAUUCCAUUUUACUUUCGUAUGUUAAUGUCUGGGUGGAUGUACUUAUAAUUUAUUAACUAUGGACUCUUGCCUUUAGAUUACCCUGUUGUGUUGAAUACUGUAGAUAUUAUGUGUUAAAUGUGCGAGUUCACUUCUGCAUUUCACCAAAGUUUGUAAAAUAAUUCGUAAUGAUAGUUAUAUUCGAUGAUAAACAAUUUUAAAUGUAAAUAAAUAGUUAUGGAUAAAAUGGGAAAAGUAACCAUUGCUAAGGGGACAGUAAGUGUCUAAAAUGAGAAAAAGUAGUGUAUUUGUAAUUGUUGUAGUAUUAGUGAAGUGAUUACAGUGAACGUCGACGUCGAUAUGUCGAUAGCAGACAGAGGGUCCGCGACGCACUAGUCACACACAUACACAUGGAGAACUCCAAAAUUUUAAAUUAUGGACAUUUUUUUACUCCAAGUAUUGAAAAUCAAGCUUUGAGUAAAUUCUCAUCCCAAUUUUCAUUUUAUUAUUACAACGGGUACGACAUGUAACCGAAAAUAAUAUCAUAUUCGAUCAUUUUAAGUUAUAAAUGUUAAGAACAUCACAAUAUUUCAUCUAUUGUUUCAUAAAAUAACUUACGAAUAACUUUUACGUUAAAAAUUACGGAACAAAAAAGACAGUGGUCGCCAGGUUUAGACAAAUAAUGUAUCUGCACUCAAUGUUCAAAUAAAAAGGAGCUUUUCAAUAUUUUAGUGAAUAAAUUUAGUGUAAAUCGACCUACCUGGCUUUAGAUAAUUGUAUACAAUGAUUUCGUAAUGAAUAGUGAUACCAUGUGACUAGAUAGACACCCGUCUAUGUAAAUACAAUUUAUUUGUAUACAGGUGUUCAUUUUAGUCACCUAUUAAUAAUUGAUCUCACUCUGAAUUUAUGAAUUCAUUAAUUCAUAAAUAUGCAUGUCUGAUAUCUGACCACAAACCAAGUAACAAAGAACAAUAAUAUUAGUUAUAUUUGAAACUAUAUUUAAUUCCAAGAAUUUGAAGUGUCACGUCCAUAUUAUGACUAACACAAAACUAAGGCACUAAAUGGACACCUAGUAUGAUAGUUGAAUAUAUGAACAUUUUUCUUUAUAACAGGCAUGUAGACAUUCCAGAAUUUUAUAAUAUUUUAUUUGUUGUUUCAUAGAAACCUUACCUCUGCAUAAAUCAUGAUGUUUGCAUUGCAACUUGAUUUUUAAUGGACAUUUUUCAUUGUGUUUUAAAAUAUAACUGGCACGAGAGUCAUACAUGCAGCCUAUAAACAUUAAGUGCAGACUUACCUUUCAGCAGAAAACAUGGUGUUUAGAAAACAAAAUGCCAAUUUUUUGAAAUCAAUCUAAGUACAUCAAUACCUAUCUAAUCAAUAAAAGAUAAAUGAAAACUGUCCAAAUAAAAUCUAGUGAAGCUACAGUAACUGCAAAUCUUAACAGAAGACUGAACACUAUUUACGAUUCUAUUUUAUAUAAUUAUACAUUACAUAAUCACCGUAAGAGUUUACGAUGGUCGCUGUUAACUUUGCAAGCUUUUUUCUAAACUAACGAGACGUAGAAAUAAUAUUACUUUUUUUUACUUUAUUAUCUGUGAUGCAAGAUAUUCGAUGUACUUACUAUUUUAAAGUGCUUCUACCUAUCAUAAAAGACCUUUUGAAAAAAUAUUAUUCUCAAAUUACAUUAAACAUUCCGCGCACUUUCAAUAUGGCGUCCAUAGUAAACUCGAACCACCACAGCAGCAGUGAAACUCAUACAAUUGUAGUACACAUAGUCACGUCAUGAUAACAAUAUUAUCAUUACAGGGAUUUUAUAUAUUAACGAAUUGUAUAAUUAUUAAAUGUACCUAUAGUUUAACGAACAAACUAUUGCUUUUUCUAGACUUUAAUUUCGCGCGCAAUUUUGUUAGUACUUCGUUCAGAAAUUCAUCAAACUUGCUAAUUUAGGAACAAAAUGGACGAUGAUAAUCUUAAUGUAAGUAAUAAAUAUUAAUCUAAACAUAUUUCGUAAUUACUUAUAUUUCACACAAUCAUACCUCCUCCAUAAAAUAGAAUACUUAGAAGAACUGUUUUACCUGAAAAAGUUUGAAUAGAUUUAGGAUUCUUAACUGGAAAUGAAACUAAAAGUUUCACAUCUUUAAAUACAACAGAAAAAGCUUUCAGAAUACUAAAUCUGUCCAUACAAUAUUUUCUGUACAGCUACACAAAAUAAUUUAGAACUUACUAAAUCUUCGCCAUUUUGUUCCUAAAACCGCCUCAUGUCUACGCAUGACACUAAUUGGCAUAAACUUCAUAAUGUACAAUGUAUGGUAAUUUUUUAAUGGAUGGACUAAGCUUGUGUCUAUAUCGAUGUUACUUUGGAUGUAUGAAAUGUAAUACAUGUGCCAAAAAUGUAAGGAAUUCACCCUCGAAAACGUAUUUUAUUUUUAUAAGGCACUAUUUGAAUUAUUUCAUUCGUUAUUUUAUAUUUAACAAGUUGGUAGAGAACGCGACUGAAUUGAGGGGAAGAAUGUUUCAAUUUCACUUUAUUAUUUUCCUUCCAAUUAGUAGAAAAAUUACCAAGUCUUUGUAUUUUACACGAAUUUAUCUUGAAGUAAUUUUGUGCUCCAUAAUCAUUACGUUUCAUAAUUCUCAAUUUCUAUAACACUAAUUCGGCUUUGGAUUCUAUCAUCUAGCACGCUGUGUACUAACUAAAAGGUAGAAAUGGUAGGAGUAUCGUCGAUUGAAGCUCUCUAAUCUGCCUACCUUAUAAAAGGAUACGGCGUGAAAUUACCGAUUGAGGCGUGUUCUCCAUCAAGUUGUGCAGCCUCGUGUUGUGACUUGCGAUUGUGUUGUCGGAUAUUUUACCUAAUUCGUACAAAUUCAGCAGUAUUAGAGUGAUUUUGUUAAAGUUUUAAUUGACAUUUUAAUUAAGUUUUGUUAUUUGUUAGUGAUGCGUUAUAUAUUGGUGGGAUUUACGGGACCUUGUAUACCCGCAGUGGCACAUUCCAUUAACUAUAAUUUUAUUAAGUUUUAUGUCAGCGUUUUAAAUUUAAAGUUCCUGUAUUUUACUGGAAGCCGCAUGGCCCCGGCCCUAGCAGGCGCUACACGUCAUGUAACUAAUUGUAUGCAAUUUCGGCACAUUUUCAUUAAUUAAGCCUAGAUAUACCGUUGUAUCAGGAGCCAAAUGUAAGGACGUAAAGAGUUAGAUAUUAUAGACAGUACUUUUAGUUGAUAAACAUGUGAUUGUAUUAUUUUACUAGAUUCAAAUAUUUAGUUCCUUCAAUUUUUGUUACGAAUAUUUAUAAAUAAUUGCAAUGAUUUAGCUUUUAGGUAAUUGUUCUCUUCGAUUAAAGAGUAUAAUUAAUUAUAAGUUGUGUAAUUUAAUUUGUUGUAUUUUGCUUAAUAUAAUGACAAAUUAAAUUAAAUGAUAUCGUUACAUUAGGGUGUAAAAAAGAUUAUCUAUUUGAUCUUAAAUAAUACGAGAAAAUAUUUAUGUUCUAGUAUCAUUCUAUCGUGUAAUUGAAAUUGAAAUGAUGGAGCGUUGUAGUAAAAUUCGUUUACGGUCACCGACGUAAAGUGUAAAAAAUAAAAAUGUCAAAUACCG